AUGUCCUGCCCGCAGUCCUCCCAACAUUUAAUGAAAGAUAUAAUCUCCGACAAUAGCAGCGACUACGGAUCCGACUUCACACCGGAUGAAGAGGAAGUUUUGAACGAACUACUUGCCCAAGCCGUCACGGAACACGCGGCUCUCCACGCGACACCACCGCCGCCCCAACCAUCGACAACAACUCCAGCCGCGAAGGAGAUAAACCGCGCUGUAGGCGACAUUGAAGAUUGCCAUGUCGCUCCAUCGAGUCCUCGGACGCCCAAAGUACUGGGGAGGCAAAAGCCUGUAUGGCAGGUAUCCAAGACUUGGCGGAGUCCCGUUGCGGGGAGAGCAGGUCAGAUGGCAAGCAAUGGCGGCGCCGCGUUUGUCGAGCACCCGAAUUCUACUGAGGGCCGGAUGAAACAGCGCGAGAGGGAUAUAGCUCGUGAGAGAGAAUGGGCUACCGGUGUUACGGAUCCUGCUGCGGAUAAUCGGUCGCCGAUCGAGAGAUUUCGGAAACCGCCUAAUAAGGCUUUUUCGGAUGAGAUUUAUACGACGGUCCCGGUAGAGAUUACGACUAAGGAAGACGCGCUGGCGCUGAGGAUAUGGAAUAUCAUCCAAGGGUUGCGGACAUUGAGGGAGUAUGGUAUGACUCGGGAGCUGGAGGUCUGGGGGCUGGUGGAUGGCGAGCUGGUGAAUGGGGUCAUUGAUCAGCUCUCCUACGAGUGUCCGGACCCAGAUCUUGAAGCGACGGCCGCGUCGUACUAUGCCGACGUGGAGGCAUCGAGGGCUGUGCUGCCCGAGUAUCAAAUGUCGCUUUCGGAUUACUUGUUGUCGCCGUCGCAGGGUGGCAAACGGCUUUCUGACCUUUCCUGGAAUGGCGGGCAGGAAGAUAGCUUAGAUGAUUCCGGGGUCGGCAGUGAAUCUUCCUCAGAGGCUUUCAGUUUGCCCCGAAUAUACAUGACAGACGUCAAGACCAGAGCUAGUGCCUCGGUCCCCACUGUGAAGAGUUCGUCGUUCCGGCCGACACUGCUCCAACUUCAGAUGUACUAUCAUAUGCUCAAUCGGCUUGCUACCAGUGACGAUGUGUCCAUCGAACUACUUGCCUCGCGCUAUGGUCUGGACCCCUCGCGCACGUUCACCGACGCCUUCAUAGCUGAAGUAGGCGGUCUCAACGACCAAUUCUUUGAUACAUUAUCCUCGCAGGAGUCUGACCCUGACUUCAUUCUCACCCCGGAAGAUGCGGCUGGACGACGCGCAUUGCAUGGGGCGGACUCUGCACCCCCUGGCAGCCAGGACUCGACCAGUAUCCUUCUCGCGCACAACAACCUGGCCAGCCUCUGGAAGCUAAUGAAAGACCAACUCCGGCUCACCUUCCUCCCACCCGCACACUCGACACCAGUGUCCGUGGCACCCUCAAUCCCUUCUGAGUUUCAGCCGGGCUUACUCGAACCUUAUCCCACUGUGCUAUCGCCUCUUCUUACCGCGCGAUACCUAUCAUCAGCCCCGACAACCGAAGAACAGUCGCGGGUGCUGGGCAGCCGAUCUUUUCUGUUUGAUCCUACGACGCUGACAGCCUAUCUGGCUGACCAAAUGGAAUGGUGGCGUGGCGAGCGUAACCCACGAGGGGUCGAAGUCAUGGAUGCAUGGAAAUGCCGGAUCUGUGAGUUCCGCGACGAAUGUUCCUGGCGUCAAGAGCGUGAAUUGGCUUUUAUGAAGCGAAGGAGAAGAUCGUCUUCGCUGGCUGUCUAA